CUGUCUCUCUCUCUCUCUCUCUCUCUCUCUCACACACAGGAGAGUCAACAGUUGCCACAGAGUUAACAUAAUGAUGCUCUCAUGCACUGGGACUCUCAAGAUUGUGCUAUCACAAAGCACCAAAGGAAAGCCAAACUCAGCAGACCCAUCUCUACAACUGUUCAAUAAAAAGCAGCAAAAUGUUGUCAAUACAAAAGAUUCACUUAGAAAAAUCAAAGAAAUGUUGAAGAAAGAUAAGGUUGAGCUGCCAGUUUCUUCAUAUGACACUGCAUGGGUUGCGAUGGUACCCUCCCAGAAUAGUUUCAAGCAGCCUCUUUUCCCAGAAUGCUUGAACUGGAUAAUGGAGAAUCAACAGCCUGAUGGUUCAUGGGCUCUCGACCCUGCCCAUCCCCUCCUAAUUAAAGACUCACUCUCUUCCACGUUGGCCUGUCUACUAGCUCUACACAAAUGGAAUGUUGCAGACCAACUUGUACAUAAAGGUCUGGACUUCAUCCCCUCUAACAUUUGGGCUGCCACUGACAAGCAUCAACGUUCUCCGCGUGGAUUUGAUAUAAUAUUUCCAGGCAUGAUUGAGCAUGCCAGAGAAACGGGCUUGAAUCUUUCUUUCAACAACUCUGCAAUAGAGGGGAUGCUUCUCAAGAGAGAUUUGGAAAUUAAAAGUUUCCUGGGAGAGACAAACCGUCUUGCAUACUUUGCAGAGGGACUAACCCGAUUAAAUGAUUGGCAAGAGCUAAUGAAAUAUCAAAGAAGCAACGGCUCACUCUUCAAUUCACCAUCUGCAACUGCAGCUGCUCUAACUCAUCUUCAUGAUGAAAAAUGUUUAGAGUACCUAUCCUCACUGGUGAAAAAAUUCGACAACGCAGUUCCUACCAUUUAUCCCCUGGAUAUCUAUCCCCGUCUCCAUAUGAUUGACAAUUUGAUAAAGCUGGGAAUAGAUAGACAUUUCACAGAAGUAAUAGCAACCACACUAGAUGAUAUAUACAGAUCUUGGAUGCAAGGCAGUGAAGAAAUAUUUUUAGACCCUGCAUGUUGUGCCUUGGGAUUUCGACUUCUACGGAUGAAUGGCUACGAAAUCUCUUCAGAUGCAUUGGCAAAUUUUGACAAACAAGAAAAUAUUUUAAAUUCAAUGAGUGAUAUAAAUUCUGCUUUGGAGUUAUACAAGGCUUCACAGAUGAUAAUAUUUCCAAAUGAACCUGUUCUUGAAAGAAUUUAUGAUUGGACAAGAACUUAUCUUGAAAAUGAGUUAGUGAGUACUGGGGCGAUUCAAGACAAGAGUUUGCAUAAUGAGGUGGAUUAUGCUCUGAAGCAUCCAUACGCCAGUUUGGAAAGAACUGAAAGUCGUCGCUACAUUGAGAAUUACAAUAUAGACAACAUUUCACUUCUUAAAACAUCUUAUAGGUAUUUCAAUAUUGAUAACAGGGAUCUCUUGACACUUUCAUUCCAAGACUUCAAUAAGUGUCAGGCCAUACACCGCGAAGAACUAGAUUAUUUGGAGAGAUGGGUCAAAGAAUAUAAUUUGGAUAAAUUGAAGUUUGCAAGGCAGAAGAUCGCAUACGCCCAUUUUUCCAUUGCUGCAGUCCUUUCCCACCCUGAUCUUUCUGAUGCUCGCAUCUCAUGGGCUCAAAACACUGUUCUAACAACAGUUGUUGAUGAUUUCUUCGACUUUGCUGGUUCAAUGGAGGAACUUCUAAAUCUAAUCGAAUUGAUUCAGAGAUGGGAUGAACACUCAACAAUUGGAUUCAAGUCCAAAGAUGUGGAGAUACUCUUUUAUGCAAUUUAUGGCACAACUAAUGACCUUGCUGACAAGGCCAGCAAACAACAAGGCCGAUGCGUCAAAAAGCACUUGAUUGAUAUUUGGAUCACUCUGCUGGAUACCAUGUUAAAGGAAGCUGAAUGGGCCAAAAGCAAACUAGUGCCGACAAUGUAUGAGUACAUUACAAAUGGAUAUGUAUCAUUUGCCUUAGGACCUGUUAUUCUCAUAUCACUUUAUUUAAUGGGAUCUAAGCUCCCUGAGCAAGCUGUGGAAACCCAGGAGUACAAUAAUCUCUUCAUGCAUGUCAGCAUAAUUGGGCGACUUCUAAAUGAUUGCGUAACCGUUGCGAGAGAAGGUGCACAAGGAAAACUGAAUAGUGUGUCAUUAGCUAUAGUUCAUGGUCGUGAAGCCGUAUCUGAAAAGGAGGCUCAGGAGGAGGUUACAAGACUCAUAGAGAGCCAUAGAAGAGAAUUACUGAGAAUGGUUCAGCAAACAAAAGGAAGCGUGGUUCCUAAAGAUUGCAAAGAUUUGUUUUGGAAGAUGAGCAAGGUCUUGCACCUCUUCUACAUGGGUGAUGAUAAGUAUUCAAGUCCACACAAGAUGGUUAGCGCUGUGAAUGAAAUCAUCAAUGAACCAAUCCUUCUACCCCCAUACUCAAAGUUGGAUUAAAUUAAUAGACCUUAACCAUGAUUAGACUGUGCUGGGAAUAUUCCCCCUUUUUUUUUUUUGUUUUUUUCCCCACACCCUUUAAAAGCAAUAGUCCCUUCAAACUUCAAGAUUCAAUAUAUGCGUAUAUGCAAGGUGGAAAAUUCUGUACUAUCAAUUUAGUGUAAUGAAGUUCCAAGUCUUUUCUUUUCCACCAAUGAAAAUGAAAAAUUCAGUGUUGAAUGGACUAAAAAAAGGAAGGAAAUUCAAGUAAUGCUGAAAAUUCAAAAUCACAUGCAA